UGCAGUGUGGGACCGAGAAAAUCCCAGAGCAGGUAAUCCGUCUUCCCGCCGGCCGGAUUAUCAGAUGCCGUCGCUACUCUCCCACCGGCCCCCACCCGCCGCCGCCCACCUCCGCGCCGCUGCGCCCGCCUGGACGCAGCCGCUUCACGCGCGCCGGCGGGCCGGUCCUCCCCAAGCCUCCGCCUCCGCCUCCGCCUCAGCCGAGUUCCCGGGAUCCGUUCCAGGCGGUGCCCAGAUGCCGCCCCUCCGGCGCCGGCGCCGGAGCGUGGCCGGCAUCGACCAGGACGAGCUCCUCGACCCGGAGGCCCUCGCCGACCCGGACAGCAGCUUCUACGAGAUCAACGGCGUCAGGCUCCACCACAAGGUGUGCAGCCACGAGGAUGAGGACUCACCAAGCGACCAAUCCUCGGACGCCACUGUCUCAGCUCCUGGCCAGAGUCGGAUCAGCCUUCCCAUACUUCUGCUUCACGGCUUCGGCGCCUCGGUGUUCUCCUGGAGCCGUGUCAUGCGGCCACUGGCCCGCAUUGCCGGUGCCAAGGUCCUUGCAUUCGACCGGCCAGCGUUUGGGCUGACGUCCCGGGCAAGCUGGUCCGGUGAUGACAGCAAGCCUCUCAACCCGUACUCCAUGGCUUUCUCGGUCAUGGCCACAUUGGCAUUCAUCGACUACCUUGGCGCCGAGAAGGCUGUCCUUGUCGGGCACUCAGCUGGCUGCCUUGUAGCAGUGGAUGCAUACUUUGAGGCACCGGAACGGGUCGCUGCUCUUGUGCUAGUUGCACCAGCAAUAUUUGCACCGAGGAAGGGAGUGAAAGAUAGCGGUACAGGGGAACAGGAAGGGCAAAAGCAGAGUGUUCCCAAUGAUGAAAAUUCACCUCUCAAUCUCUUUGCUAGUAUUUGGGGUGGAUUUUUGGCGCUAUGCAAGCACAUUGCAGGACUUGUUUCCAAGAUGAUAAUGGCAAUAGGAGGCGUAGUUCAAGCUUUGUAUGUUAAAGCUCUUGUUGCUUUUCUUCGAUCAUCAUUGGGUGCGAUGCUGAUAAGAUGGGUCAUGGAUAAAUUUGGAAUACUAGGCGUCCGUAAUGCAUGGUAUGACGCAAGCAAAGUAACUGAUCAUGUCAUACAAGGGUACACAAAGCCGCUAAAAUCCAGGGGUUGGGAGACUGCUCUUCUGGAGCACACCAUAUCCAUGAUCAUAGAUUCUGCAUCAGCGACUAGAGUACCAGUUUCUAAGAGGCUUUCUGAGAUCUCAUGCCCAGUGCUAGUGGUGACUGGUGAUACUGACCGCAUUGUUCCUGCUUGGAACGCUGAGCGUGUAGCACAUGCUAUACCUAGGGCAAGCUUUGAGGUGAUCAAGAGUUGUGGGCACUUGCCCCAGGAGGAAAGACCUGAAGAAUUCCUGUCAGUCGUUGGAAGGUUUCUACGGACAGUGUUCCGAACUCCAAAUGAGCAGGUGUUCCAAGCAGCAGUAUGACACUAUGUUGAUUCAUACAUGCAACACACAGAUUUGCGGAUUGGAGAUACGAAGAGAAAUACUGUAAAGCAAAAGAACUACUGAAGAUGGGUCGGCUGUAAUUGUGGGAAAUUUAGGGGUUCAAUUGGAAUUUAUUGCAUCGUAAGGUUUGUUAGAAUAACUGAUUUGUAUAAGUAUCAACCUCCCAUAAAUCUUGUAUAUACACUUAGAAAUGUGAAUUGUAUCUACCUUGAUUAAGCAAUCUUUUUUGGUUCAUCCUUCUACCAUUAUUGGUAGAAGCAGCACA